UUGGGUACUAGCUAAAUUCAUAAGUAUGACCUCUUAUAGGUGUUGAGGUUAUGUUUUAAUUUCUAUAAGACAUUCCAUAACAUGGCGUUUUCCCUGAGAGACGAGCUUCGACCCCGGGACAACUGGGCACCCGAAUCUCCGGCCUUGUCCACUUGCAGUAACGCGGACAUAUUCCGUAGAAUGAACACCAUGCUUGGCAACUCUCUGGAUUUUACUGGUGUGUGCACAACCCCCGGGACCAAGGGAAAGCGAGACGUACCCCUGAACGACCGGCAAGAAUCGGAGCUGGCUGCAGUCGGCAGCAGGAUGCUCUUCCCCAGCAGCGGUGUCAGUGGCAGCGGAGGCUCUCACCAGGAGGGGUCCUCCCGGGGCCUUCCCGACGUCAACGACCUGGGCCUGGGCCUCCAGUCUCUCAACCUGUCCGACUGGGAGCGCCCCUGGAGCAGCCACGACACUGAUACCAACACCACAGCCGCAUCCCAGGCGCACACCAGCUCUUCCUCCAUGCUCGGCAUGCUGAGUAGUCCACUGGGCCAGAUCUUGGGCAAGCCCCUUGGCUACCACCCCUCCAGCGAACCCAUGGGCACUGCAGUGGACUUCCUGGAGAAGUUCCCGGGGAUGGCGCGCAUGAGCACCAGGCUGGAUUCGCGCUCCUUCCUGGACUCGCGUUCCAGCAGCCCCGUUGACUCUGACACUAGCGGGUUCAGCUCUGGAUCGGACCACCUUUCGGACCUGCUGUCCUCCCUCAGAAUCUCCCCCCCUCUGCCCUUCCUCAUGUCCAGCAUGCAGAAAGACCCCCUGAGGCUGGGUUCUCUGAGCUCCAGGCUGGACUACCAGGACCCUGGCUCCCCUCUCACCCCCCCACCCAGUGCCUCCAGCCCUGGCAUGGCCCUGUCCCGACGCUGGCCCGGGGCCUCCAUGUGGCCCAGCCUCGACCUGCUGGAGACGCCUGACGAUCCCUUCAGCAUUGAGAGGGAGGCCCGUCUACACAGACAGGCGGCCGCUGUCAAUGAAGCCUCCUUCACCUGGAGUGGUCAGCUGCCUCCCCGUAACAACAAGAACCCUCUGUACUCCUACAAGGUCUUCCUAGGGGGCGUGCCCUGGGAUAUCACUGAAGCUGGCCUGAUCAACACGUUCAGCGGCUAUGGCCCUCUGAGUGUGGAGUGGCCCGGUAAGGAUGGCAAGCAUCCCCGAUGCCCUCCCAAAGGUAAUAUGCCCAAAGGCUACGUUUACCUGGUGUUUGAGAAUGAGAAGUCGGUUCGCGCGCUGCUCCAGGCUUGUACCCAGGACCUGCUCCAUCCUGAGGAGAAUGGAGAGUACUACUUCAAGAUGUCCAGCCGCAGGAUGCGCUGCAAGGAUGUGCAGGUGAUCCCCUGGGUGAUCUCGGACAGUAACUACGUGCGUUGCCCCUCCCAGCGCCUAGACCCCAGCAAGACUGUGUUUGUGGGCGCUCUGCACGGCAUGCUAAAUGCAGAGGCCCUGGCCAGCAUCAUGAAUGACCUGUUUGGUGGAGUGAUGUAUGCUGGGAUUGACACCGACAAACAUAAGUACCCGAUAGGGUCUGGACGGGUCACCUUCAACAACCAGCGCAGCUACUUGAAGGCAGUGUGCGCAGCGUUUGUUGAGAUCAAAACUCCCAAGUUUACAAAAAAGGUUCAGAUUGAUCCUUACCUGGAGGACUCAAUGUGCCAAGUCUGCAGCCGCCAACCUGGGCCCUUCUUCUGUAGAGACCAGGCCUGCUUCAAGUACUACUGCCGCUCCUGCUGGCACUGGCAGCACUCCAUGGACAUCCUGAGCAACCACCGGCCCCUGAUGCGCAACCAGAAGAACCGGGACUCCAGCUAGAGCCGGGGUGCUCCGUGAGAGGGACGCCGAGGGGUGAAGAGCCCCAUUCCUCACGGCCGAGGCCACAGGGCGGGAGCCCGCAGAGCACGAGUGUCCGGCUGCCCCCACGUCGUGGGGGGCACAAAGGCACUCCCACUGGGACUGGGGAGAAACAAUGUAGAAAAGUUCACUAUUGCACUUGCUACUUUUUUGCUGUUUACUUGUUCACAAUGGCACUAUGCACAGUGACCUUGAUGGGAUUGACAUGGCCCACACACACACACACACACACACACACACUUCCUUAUGCAGUUUCCCAGAUUUGUGGCCAGACGAGAUUUGGGCCAAGGUUCAGAAGUAUAUGAAAAUGCCUUGAUAUUUUUUUUUUCUCCUUUAAUUUUUUUGAUUUGUUUUACAUGCGUUGCAUAGUGAGAGCGAUCAUGCAAGUCAUUGCCGUUCGUCGGCAGAUACCAUACAGUGCCUUUAGUAUCCCACCCUUCCCCACAUCCCAGUUGGCUGACUGUUUUUCCUGGGCAAGCCAACUGGUGUUUUUUUUUUGUUUGUUUUUUUACUUUGGAAGAUGAGAGUUGGGCUUCAUUUAACCAGUCGCAUUUCAGACAUUUUUACGCAGUUUUUUACUAAUUUGUACACAAACGGUUUUAAGUCAUGACAUGGACAUUUUGAACAGAAUUAUACCUGGCGGCUUUUUAAUUACUUUCCUCCCCUCGUCCCCCCCCCCCAAGUUUGUCUGGGGCUGUUUUUUUUUUUUUUUUUUCCCCUACCAAUGUCUUACUGAAUGGGCACAAAGGUGUUGAAGCUUCGCUUGUGUCCAGUUCAUGUAAACACUGCUGGCCACUGCUUCAACAGGGUUUCCAUCAUGUUUUCCCAAUCAAUUGGAUGAGUAUUAACUGAGACUGGAACGGACAUUGACAUCCUGAUUGUUCAUAGUUUUAUUGUUGCACUUUUUAAUUUGCACUUUAGGAGAGGGUGUCGGUGAUUUUUUAAUCACGUUUUUUGUACUUCGGCAGAGGGGCGUGUGUUGUCCUGGGCGCUACGCCCGGAUAUGGACAGCUUUCCUGCUGAACGUAGACUGUCCAUGUUGAUAACGUUUUUCCAAGAGCUUGAGUAGACCUAUCGCAGCAACCCCUCGGCUUGCUUAGCCUGUUACCUGUCCCAGUUGGCUAUAUACAUAUAUUCAGCUGUGUGCCAAAGAUGGUCCUUUUUUUUUUUUUUCUUCGAUCAACUUUCAUGCUAAGCUCAUCAUGGCUCAGCUGCUUUUUAGAGUUUUGAAAGUCUACCUCAUUGUGGUCUGCCAAGUUUGCUGCUACUUACUGAUGUGGAUUAUGUUCAGAAUGGGCACAAUAAAAAGGGUUUAAGCAUUAUU